AUGUCGUUAUUCCGGCGUAUUGUACUUGAUAAAUAUGUUCUUCUUGGCGUGAUAUCUUUAAUUCUUCUUUACACAUUUUUGUUCAGCGGAAACGCGCGACCGAUACGGACCGGCUGGCCGUCUGCACAUUCAUCAAGCAAGUUCGUACCGAAUGCUUCUCGUCCUGCCUGCUAUGGGCUCCCUGGCUCCGACGAUGUCGUAGUCGUGAUGAAGACCGGCUCGACUGAAUUACGAGACAAAUUGCCCGUCCAUUUGGAAACGACAAUGCGCUGCUAUACGGAUUAUCUCAUCUUCUCCGAUGUCGAGGAGACCUUCGAGGGCGAAUUGAUAAUAGAUGCACUUGAAUCAGUUGAUGCUAAGGUCAGAGCUGAGCAUGAAGAUUUCGCAUUGUGGCGCCGUCUGCAAAAAUCCGGAAGGGCCGCGCUCAAGAAUUCCGAGUUGAGCGGUCCUAUUAAUCCGCCCCGCGGAGGAGGGGGCAAAGAUAACAAUCCUGGAUGGAAAAUCGACAAGUGGAAAUUCUUGCCCAUGCUGAACCGCACAUUGCAAGAAUACCCCGGCAAGAAGUGGUUUGUCUUCGUAGAAACAGACACCUUCUUGUUUUGGCACACUUUGCUCGAAUACCUGGGCCGGCUAGACUGGCAGGUCAACCAUUACAUGGGCGCGCAGAUUAACAUCGGCGACAUUGAGUUUGCUCACGGCGGUGCAGGAUUUGUAGCCUCCCGGCCGGCCAUGCAACAAGUUGUUUCUAUGUUCAACAAUCACCAAAAAGAAUGGGAGGACUUUACCGACGGGCACUGGGCCGGCGACUGUGUCCUCGGGAAGGCCUUCAAAGAUUCUGGCACCCGUCUUCUCGGUGCAUUUCCCAUUUUCCAGGGAGAUCCAGUGGGUAACAUGAAUUAUGCGACCAACAACAUGUGGUGUGGCCCAAGUGCGUCAUAUCAUCAUAGCUCGCCAGCUGUCGUGCGAGACCUGUUUGCCUUUCAAGAGGAAUCCAUCAUGAAAUCACUGGCAUCAAAGGUACGUGGUCCCAAAUACCAUAAGCCGGGUUAUGUGUCUCAUAAAGACGUAUUCGCCAGCUACGUUCUGCCACGUACCACGAAGCCGCGUACCAAUUGGGACAAUCACAGUGACGAAGACCAAGGACCCGUCGAUUCACUUGAAGCCUGCCAUGCCAUCUGCGAGUCUCUGCCAUCCUGUGUGCAAUACUCUGUCAAUACCGGGAUGCGUUGUUCUACAACCGCUCGGCCCAACGCAGGAGAUGCUACCAGAGGCGUGGACUCAGGCUGGAUCCAUAGUCGCAUGGAGGCGUUCUUCAACAAUGUUGAGAAAUGUCAGAACGACGGUAUAUGGCAUGACUACUAG